UCUUUCUAUGCUAUGUAAACUGAAAAUUAUUGAUGUUUUAAACUUAUAUUUGUGUCUCGCGAUUGUUUAGCGAAGUUUUCAAAAUGCCUUACAAGUGCUGCGUUCCUAAUUGUGUCGGUAAUUACGGAAAGGGUCCGAAGGUACACGUAUUUUCGUUUCCAUUGAAUGAAAACUGUCGUAAAAGAUGGCUCAAUGCAAUCCCUCGUAGUGAUUUAGUGGUUACAAAAAACACCCGAGUAUGCAAUUUGCACUUUGCCGAGGACCGCAUCAUUUGGGAAUCCACCUUCCAUGACGAAAAGACAGGACAUAUCAAGCAUAAGAAGCAGAGAUGAGAAAUUGAGGGACAAGGAACAAGAACAACUACUUAAAG